AUGUUAGAUUCAAAUGAAUGUUCAUCAAUCGAUGAUGUUAAUACAUCUGAUGAUACAUUAGAACGAUUACGAAAUAUAACAAAAUUAUUUAGUGGAAAAACUAAUGAAGAUGAUGAUCAUCAACAAUUACAAAAAGUUGAAAAAUUUGCACCAUGUGAAAAAAUAAAACAUACAUUUCAAAAAUUUGAAGAUAUAGGAUUAUCUAAUGGUCAUAUUGGACAAGAAAAUGAUGAAGAUGAAAGUCCAUUAUCAAAUGGUACUAUUCGAUCAACAAGAAGAAAGUCAACACCAAAAGAACAUAUACCCUAUCAUGAAAUGGCGGAAGUAAAAGAUAAAUUUGAAAAAGGUUUAAUUGAUAUUAAUAAACCACGAAUAGAAAAACGUUUAGAUGUUCGUGUACAAAGUGGUUUAACAUCAUCAAAAAAACAAGCAUUUGAACAAAGAGAAUUUGAACAAGAAAUUGAAUCACAUAUAAGUAAAACACAAAUUGAAACUGAUCUUGUUGCUGGUUUAGCAUCAUCAAAAAAACAAGUAUUUGAACAACAUCAACAACAAAUUAUUAAUGAAACACAUAUGAUAAAUAAAACAAUUUUUAUUGAACAUGGUGUAUUAGCUGGUGUAGCAACAGAAACAAAAGCUAAAUUUGAAAAUGGUCAAAUAUCAGAUAGUCGAAGAACAUCAACAUGUCUAGAUGAAAUAGCAACUAUUGUUGGAACAGGUCUUGCACAAGCUAAACUUUCAGAAUUCUUAUCAAAAAUUGAUGCUGAACAUCAAAAUCAACGUUCAACUAAUCGAAAUAUUGAUAUUGAUGCAGAACAAGGUUCAGCAAUAGCUCGACGUGAUCAAUUUGCAUUAUUAGUAAAUAGUGAAUUUAAACCAACAGAAAAAUAUAUUGAUGUUACAGCUGGAUUAGCAAAUAUAAUUAAAGAACAGUAUAUAGCUGAUGCAAUUAAAGCAACAACAACAACAUCAAAAAUAGCUAUUUCAGCUGAUGAUAUUGAAAGUGGCUUAACUAAAAAUCGAGCAAUAGUAUUUGAAAAACCGGAUGAAACUACAAUUAAACGAACAGUAGAUAUUGAUAAUGAACUUGUUGAACGUGGUGUAGCAAAAGAACGUGUUGCUAUGUUUAAAAAUUUGGAAAAUGGUGCAUCAUCAUCAUCAUCAAUAACAACAAGUUUUUCUGGUGAUACGAAAAUACGUGUUGAUGUAAGUUUGAAAUUCUUUUAA